CUACGUCCGGAUAAUUUUCGCGGGUACGACACUUGCUCCAGUUCAUACCCUCUCUCUCUCUCUCCAGAAAAUUCCAUCUCCCACACACAGAAAUGGGGAAAGGGAGCCUGAUUGCAGUAGCCGUAGUGGCGAUAAUCGGGGCACUGAUAGCGGCGGCGAGCAAGCGGCGGGAAUGGGACAAAGAGGCGGCCUUGGAAUGGUCACGACAGAUGUCGGAUCGGCUGGGGAUAUGGGCGAUUCCUGCCUACGUAGGGCUCCACACCCUCACUCUAGCUCUGUGCCUCCCUUACGCUGUGUUCUUCGAAGCAGGUGCCUCUCUCCUCUUUGGAUUCUUCCCCGCCGUCCUCUGCGUCUUCUCAGCUAAGCUCCUCGGCGCCUCCCUCUCCUUCUGGAUCGGCAGAUUUGUAUUUAGGAGUUCAAGUUCAGCAAUGGAGUGGGCCCAUAGAAAUAAGUACUUUCAUGUGCUUUCCAAAGGUGUUGAACAAGAUGGCUGGAGAUUUGUUCUUCUUGCUCGGUUCUCACCCAUACCUUCCUACAUUAUAAAUUACGCCUUGGCUGCUACUGGUGUGGGAUUCAUUGUGGACUUCCUCCUCCCUACUGUAAUUGGUUGCCUGCCCAUGAUUUUGCAAAAUACAGCAAUUGGCAGCCUCGCUGGUGCCGCUGUAGCUUCGGCAUCUGGGUCUAAGAAAUCCAAGGUUUGGUCGUACCUCUUUCCCCUUCUUGGAAUUUUAUCGAGCAUUCUAAUCUCCUUGAGAGUCAAGAAAUAUGCCAGUACUAUCUCAGUUGCGUUAGCCAGCCCUAGUGAGGAUAUGAAGGCAUGUAAUAGUACCGUCGACCCAUCUAAAAUGUUGUCCAAAGGAAUUAAGUGAUGAAUUUAGGGUCACUGUCUUCGGAUUCCUGUUCUUAAAUCUUGUCGCAAUGAGAUAUGAUGAGAUGUCAUUUGAAAUUCCCUUGCAAACAGUUUGACCUGAUCAUCAAAGCCAACAAAAUGUCAAUUUUUUUCUUGACUAUA